AUGGACGAUGCAUUCUUUUCUAUAUUGGUAGAUGAAUCACGUGAUGUUUCAAUAAGAGAGCAAAUGGCGGUGGUGUUGCGUUAUGUGAACAAAAAAGGGCAAGUAAUUGAAAGGUUUGUAGGUAUCCAAUAUGUCUCUGAUACGACUAGUAGCGAAUUGAAAGAAGCAAUUGAGCAGUUGAUUUCUUCAAUAAAUUUGAGUAUGUCCUGGCUACGAGGACAGGGGUAUAAUGGUGCUAGUAAUAUGAGAGGUGAGCUCAAUGGUCUUAAAACACAGAUUUUGAGAGAAUAUCCUCAAGCAUAUUAUGUCCAUUGUUUUGCACAUAAACUACAACUAGCUCUUGUAGCCGUGGCAAAGGGAAAUGAAAACAUUGCUACUUUCUUCACAACGGCUAGUAGUGUCGUUAAUAUUAUUGGAGCAUCGUGUAAGCGUCGUGAUGCACUUAGAGAGCAACAACAAAAAGAUAUUAUGAAAGCUCUUGAAAUUGAUGAUCUUGAAACGGGGCAAGGGUUAAAUCAAGAGACUACUCUCAAACGUCUUUGUGAUACAAGUUGGAACUCACAUUAUGAUACUUUACUUAGUAUUAAUACUAUGUUUCAUCCCGUGGUGAAGGUGCUUGAAUGGAUUGUUGAUGAUGUCAACCAAGAUAAUUUAGUCACAAAUGAUUUGUCAAAGGCAUUACAAAAGAAAGAUCAAGAUAUUGUGAAUGCGAUGAUGUUGGUCCAAAGAUGUAAGCAAAAGCUACAAUCCGUGAGGGAUGAUGACUUUAAUGAUUUGCUUGGCGAAGUAUCAAGAUUUUGUGGCAACAAUGAUAUUGACGUUCCUAACAUGGAUGAUUUAUUUGUACCACAAGGGAGAUCACGACGUAAAACUCAGAAAAUCACAAACCGCCAUUAUUAUCGUGUGGACCUAUUUCUUACUAUAUUUGAUAAGCAACUAGUGGAAUUGAAUAAUCGCUUUACAGAGGUAAAUACUGAAUUGCUCAUUUGUAUGGCAUGUUUGAGUCCGGCUUAUAAUUUUGCAGCUUUUGACAAACAAAAAAUACUUCGUUUUGCUAAAUUUUACCCACAAGAAUUUAAUGACCGAGACCUCAUGAAGCUUGAAGAUCAACUUGGGCUUUGUAUUGUUGAUAUGCAGAGCAGCACAAAGUUUUCAUCAUUGAACGGAAUUACUGAUCUGGCCGAAAAAUUGGUGAAUACAGGAAGGAGUAGAAUAUACAACUAUGUGUAUUUACUUGUUACAUUGGCUUUAGUUUUACCUGUUGCAACUGCUUCAGUUGAGAGAGCUUUUUCAGCUAUGAAUGUUGUGAAAACACCAUUGCGUAACAAAAUGGGGAAUCAAUGGUUGAGUGAUAGCUUGGUUGUUUACAUUGAGAAAGAUGUUUUUUCUUGUAUUAGUAAUGAAAAUAUAAUGCAACAUUUUCAUGAUAUGAAACCUCGUCGGCAACAAUUGUAG